AUGCUCUCAAAGGAAGAUGGAUGGACGCAUGUGCGUCGGAGGAAAGCCCCGGUUAGCAGAGAAGCAAAGAAUGAUGAAACAAGCUACUUUGUAUCGAACAUACCAAACGGAGCAACCAAGGAGGAGUUUAGGAAGACCUUUUCUCGUUUCGGAACGAUAACUGACAUAUACUUUGGAGGCAGAAAAGGCAAAAACGGGAAGAAUUACGGGUUCAUCAGGUUCACCGGCGUACAUGAUAUCAAAGAUUUAGAAACCAAACUAAAUGGAACAAAGUGUAGAAGCAACACCCAGGAAGUCAACAUAGCAAGACACAGUAGAAUGGAACGCCGCCCCUCAAACUACCAGGUUAACAAAACCACACUCCCCACUUCCCGUCAAGGUCGCGGGCAUUCUUCAUCGGCAGCUGCAGCUCCUGCUUUUGUGGGAAGAAGAACAUACGCAGAAGUCACAGGUACAAACAACCAGAAACUGAAUGGUCUCCCCAAGAAUAAUAACCAUGUUGAAGAAACACUCCCGGUCAGAUUGAACAUAGAUCAAAAGAUGGAUUCAAAAAAACACGCUUAUUGGGGAAGCUCUCUCAAUUGA